AUGUCUGUAAGCGUGGGGACCGAUGGAAGAGACGGCACAUGGAGGCUUACAGAGAAGGUCCAGGAGUGUGGCAGACCACUGCUCCUCCUCCACUGUCCUCCCCCAUACUCCUCCUCUUUACUCCUCUUCUACAUUUCUCCUCCAUGCUCCUUCUCCACAUUCCUGCCCCACACUCCUCCUUACUCCUACACUAAGUUUCUUCUCUGCACUCCUCCUUCACAGUUCUCCUCUGCACUUCUCCUUGGUGCAUCUCCUCCACAGUCCUCUCCCACAUUCAUCUUUCUUACACCUCCUCUGAACUUGUUCACUACACUCCUUGCACUCCUCUUCUGCACUUCUCCAUUGUGCUCUUGUCCUCCUCUAACCUCCUCCUCCUCUGGGCUCCUCCUCAGAGCUUCUCCUCAACAUUCUUCCUCCACAGCCCUCUCCAACAUUCAUCUUUCUUACUCUGAACUUCUUCUCUGCACUCCUUGCACUCCUCUUCUGCACUUCUUCACUGUGCUCUUGUCCUCCUCUAAUUGUCCUCCUCCUCUGGGCUCCUCCUCUGAGCUUCUCCUCAACACUCCUCCUCCACAGCCCUCUCCAACAUUCAUCUUCCUUACUCUUCGUCUAUUCUCCUCGUCUGCUAUUCUCCUUUGUGCUCCUCCUCCACAGUUCUCCUCUGCACUUGUCCUCCGCUCUCUUACUCCACAGCAGUUCUCCUCUGGACUCCUCCACUCUCCUCCUCCACACUCCUUAAAACUUGCCCUCUGUACUCCUCCUUGCACCCUUCUCUGCACUUCUCAUCUGCGCUCUUCCUCUGCGCUCCUCCUCAGCACUACUCCUCCCCAGUCCUCCUCAGCACUUCUCCUCCCCAGUCCUCCUCGGCACUCCUCCUCCCCAGUCCUCCUCUGCACUCCUCCUCCCCAGUCCUCCUCAGCGCUCCUCCUCCCCAGUCCUCCUCCCCAGUCCUCCUGCCCAGUCCUCCUCGGCACUCCUCCUCCACAGUCUUUCUCCAUGCCCCUCCUCUGAUAUUCACCUCCUAAUUACAGAUAAGAAAGACGAAAUAAUCAUUAAUCUCAUUAAUAUCGACAGUCUUACCGUAAGUUAUUUAGUAAUCCGGUGAUGAUGAAUACUGAGUACUCAGGGUGUUUCUCACAUUACCUUGUCCCAGGCAAUCAUGUAUAGCAGAGCUGAGUUAGUAAGGCCAGUCAUGAUGAUUUCCUUGGAAUUGCAGAUAAAUGUACAGCUAAAACGACCCCUUACUGGUGCAGGAUCUAAUAGAGGCAGUGGUCUUCAUUUACGGAGCCCCCUGAUGAUCAGUGGUGCACAGUGAUUAUCUAGUUGUCCGCAGCCCAAACUAUCUAAAGUGAAGGGUUGUCUUAACUGGUCUGACGCUGGAGCGAUAUGUUCGGCUCUGCUAUACCUGUACAGUGAGUAAACCUAGGGCUCGGAGCUUCUGAUGUCGCAGGUUUCCAUAUAUUUAGGUGAUGUGAGGAGGAUGCGAUUACAGGGGUGAUAUAGAUGUACCCCGCUGAGUCGUCCGUGUUUUACGCCAUCAGAUUCCUAUGGUUGAUAUCACAGAGAUGUAAAUAAUUCUUUAAUAAAAUGUCUUCUCCCUUCUUA